AGGACCAAAAUAUCAAACACGCAGAGAGAUUAAGCUAUAGAUAUCAUUUAGAAGCAGACUGUUGAGCAGAGCAGAGCUAUCGGUCUCUCAUGAAAACCAUAGAAGUAGAAUACAAAGGAAACCAUGGAAGUUCUCUCCAACUCAGCUGGAGUUAUCAUUUCAAAACCUUUAUCUUUCAAGCCUCAAAAAACCCAUAAACAGCAAACGCUCUCUGCCAACUUCAAGAAGUUCCCCAAUUCACCAAACAAAAAUUACCCUUUCGAUCUUUCUUCUUCUUCUUCUUCUUUGAAUUCUUGCAUUACUAGGGUCUCUACCAGAACAUCUGCAACUUCAACACCAACAACAGCGACAGCUUCCACUGCUGGUGUUUCUUUAUCUUCUUCACACACUGACAACCGCCAUUGGAUGGUCCUCAUGAAGGCUCCUCCACAAGGGGUCGAUUCCAAACCAGAGGUUAUAGAUUACUAUGUUGAGACCUUGGAAAGAGUUUUAGGCAGUGAGAUGGAUGCUCAAAUGUGUAUAUAUGAUGCUUCUUGGGAUACCCACUUUGGCUUUUGCUGUGACAUUGAUGCAGAGACUUCUCUCAAGCUCGCUAGUUUACCUGGGGUCUUAUCUGUGAGGCCCGAUCCAGAUAUAAAUUCUUUGAAGAAGGAUUAUAAUUCUUCAAAUGUUCAGUUAGGACAUCUAUAUAACCCACACAUUGGGAAUACUCUUUUGUUUCCCCUGGGGAACACUAAACAUUGGCUUGUUAGAAUGGAAAAGCCAGGAGUUGGGGUUGUUACAAAGGCACAAAUGGCUGAUUAUUAUGCUCAAAUACUAGCCAAGGUCUUAGGGAAUGAGAAGGAUGCGCAAAUGUGUAUAUAUCACAUUUCCUGGCAAUCCAACUUUGGUUUCUGUUGUGAACUUGAUGAGGAAUGUGCCCGGGAACUAGCUGGUGUCCCUGGUGUUUUAUCUGUUCAGCCAGAUAAAUAUUUCGAAUCAGAGAAUAAAGAUUAUGGAGGUAGUAGCAUUCAAACUCCUACAGAUGUGUCAUAUUCUGCAGAAGCAAGUCAAAUAUCCCCUGUGGAAACAAAGAAACUCUUUGUGACUGGCUUGUCGUUUUAUACAUCUGAGAAAAGCUUGCGUGCAGCAUUUGAGAGUUUUGGUGAGCUUGUUGAAGUUAAAAUAAUUAUGGAUAAGAUUUCUAAAAGGUCGAAAGGUUACGCCUUCAUUGAAUACACCACGAAGGAGGCUGCUGGCGCAGCGCUCAAAGAGAUGAAUGGCAAGAUCAUUAAUGGCUGGAUGAUAGUUGUUGAUGUAGCAAAGAGUAGCCCUCCAAGAUACAGUCGGGGCCGAAGGAGAGAUGAAGGUAGUCCAACAAGAGAUAUGGAAAGAGGAAGAUAGAUUUUGACAUACUGAACUUUGAGCAGCCUCUUCCUAACCAGAUUUGUCCUGUGAAGAGCAUAGAGAAAUUUGCACAUUUAUUUUUGGUUUUUCAAGGAUCAAGAUUUUAAUCACUGCCUUAUUUCAAUUCAAUAAAUGUAGUUUAGUUGGUAGAAUAUCUUCCAUGAAUGAAAUCAAUAGAAUAGAACAAUAUUAUGCUA